AUGGAGCCCAGCAGCCCGCGGCCCCCGAGGCCCAGCCCCAGCCCCGGGCCGAGCCUGGACGCCCGGCUGGGCGUGGACACGCGCCUGUGGGCCAAGGUGCUGUUCACGGCGCUCUACGCGCUCAUCGUGGCGCUGGGCGCGGCGGGCAAUGCGCUGUCCGUGCGCGUGGUGCUGAAGGCGCGGGCCGGGCGCGCGGGGCGCCUGCGCUACCACGUGCUCAGCCUGGCGCUCUCGGCGCUGCUGCUGCUGCUGGUCAGCGUGCCCAUGGAGCUCUACAACUUCGUGUGGUUCCACUACCCCUGGGUCUUCGGCGACCUGGGCUGCCGCGGCUACUACCUGGUGCGCGAGCUGUGCGCCUACGCCACGGUGCUCAGCGUGGCCAGCCUGAGCGCCGAGCGCUGCCUGGCCGUGUGCCGGCCCCUGCGCGCCCGCCGCCUGCUGUCGCCGCGCCGCACGCGCCGCCUGCUGUCGCUCGCCUGGGCCGCCUCGCUCGGCCUCGCCCUGCCCAUGGCCGUCAUCAUGGGGCAGAAGCACGAGCUGGAGACGGCGGCCGGGGAGCCGGAGCCCGCGUCGCGCGUGUGCACCGCGCUGGUGAGCCGCGCCACGCUGCGGGUCUUCAUCCAGGUGAAUGUGCUGGUGUCCUUCGUGCUCCCUUUGGCACUCACUGCUUUCCUGAACGGGGUCACCGUGAGCCACCUGGUGGCCCUCUGCUCCCAGGUGCCAUCAGCUUCUGCUCCAAGCAGCUCCACUCCCAGCCACCCGGAGCUCCUGAGCAAGGAAGGUCUCCUCAGUUUCAUCACCUGGAGGAAGACCCUCCCCCUGGGCAGCCAGGCCAUCCUGGUGAGACACAAGGAUGCGAGCCGGAUCCGUAGCCUCCAGCGCAGCAUCCAGGUUCUGAGAGCCAUCGUGGCUGUGUAUGUCAUCUGCUGGCUGCCAUACCACGCCCGCAGGCUCAUGUACUGCUAUGUCUCCGAUGACGGGUGGACCGACACACUCUACGAUUUCUACCACUACUUCUACAUGGUGACCAACACACUCUUCUACGUCAGCUCAGCAGUGACACCUGUCCUCUACAGCACCCUGUCCUCCUCCUUCAGGAAACUCUUCCUGGAAGCCCUCAGCUCCCUGUGUCGACAACAGACCCCCAUGGAGCCCAUACCCCUGGACACCCUGGAGGCCCACCCUCCUGGGUCCAGCUUCAGGCUCUGGGGAUCCCCCAGAAACCCCAACCUGGAUGACAUACAAGAAUGA